AUGGCUCGUCAUCUUGGGACAUCGCUGAUCUCUUCUUCCUUUGCUCUUCUUGUGAUCGCAUUAACCAUAUCACCGAGCCACGGCUUUCUCGGCACCGAGAAAAAGAUCAAAUCAGCAGCUUUCUUAUCACCAAAACUGGAGAUGAAUCCAGGGUCAGUCGCAAAUUCUUACUUCUACGACAUGGAUUUCCCGAGAGGACACAUCGCCGUCAAAAGCUUCGACGCUGAAGUAGUCGACGAAGCCGGAAACUCCGUGCCUCUACACGAGACGUAUAUUCACCAUUGGGGUGUCAUGCCGUACUACGCGCGUAAAGGUUUCAAGCAAGAUCCCGACAGGAAUCUUGUUCUUGGUUCGGGAUCCGACUACGUUUUCGUGAACAACGCAGGGCUCUGCAACGACGUCGUCAGGCCAAUGUUUGGAAAAGGAUCAGAGACCAGAAAGACCUCGACGUACGUGCCUGAUCCUUACGCAAUCGAAUUCGACAGCCCCGAGGAAAGACCUGAUGGGUACGAACUCAAAUGGCUUCUAAACAUCCACGCCAUAGACACGAGGGGCGUUGUGGAUAAAUCAGGAUGCACCGAGUGCAGGUGUGAUCUCUACAAUAUGACCACUGGUGAGUACGGUCGAGCUUUGAAGCCCGGAUAUAAAGGAGGUUUAUACUGCUGCUACGACAAGACUCAGUGCCCUGUGAAACACGGAUUUGAUAAUGGGGAGAAAACAAGAAGUCUGUUUCUUAAGUAUACCGUGAGAUGGUUUGAUUGGGACAGCUCGGUUAUACCCGUUAAGGUUUAUGCUCUCGAUGUUACGGAUACUUGGGAAAGAAAAGAGGGAUCAACAGGAGAUAUCCCAGAACAUGAUUGCCUUGUGGAAUACGAUGUGGAACCGUGCAAAGCCAGUGGCGAUGGAUGCGUUGAUGUCAAGAAGAAGAGCUUAAUGAUGCCGUUUAAUGGAUAUAUUGUCUACGGCGGAGCUCACCAGCACUCUGGUGGUGUCGGCGCUUCUCUGUCCCGAGAGGGCGGUGAGGGAAUCUGCACUUCGAGGCCAAAGUAUGGCAAUGGAGUCGAACCGGGAAAUGAAGCUGGUUACAUUGUUGGAAUGACGACUUGUUAUCCUCAAGAACCAGUGAAAGUUAGCUAUGGAGAGACUCUGACUUUGGAAUUCAACUACAGUAAUGCCGUUGGUCAUACCGGAGUUAUGGGACGCUUUUACAUCUUCGUUGCUCAGCAGCUGCCUGAACCGGAGAUUUCUUUGCCUGCACUUUUUCAGGCACAGACGAAAAGCGAGAGCUUUUUAGCCUUUCUUGCGGUGACGAUGGUGGUCGCGAUUGUGGUUCUAACAGCCGCCGUCGUAUACCGGAGACAGAACCGGGAGGAUGGCUACCAAUCACUUGGCAUUUAA